AUAGUGAAACUCAGUUAUUCAUUACCCUCUGCAAAAGACAUGCCUCCUAUGUAUAUUAGAAAUGAUAGGCAAGUGCAAGCAUUUAUGAAAAAGCUUGCGGAAUUCAGAGGCGGUAUUCAGCUAUGUGUAACUGUUGAGAAGGGGAAAACAAGCACUAAUCCAAUGAUGGGGACAAGCAACAUCUCAAUUAGUAGUGAGAGCAAUACAGAUCCUUAUUCUACAUAUCAAGUCAUGAAUGAGGUACAAAUGUAUUCUGCAAACCCUGCUCCUAUAACUUUUGUUUCAGCUCCUGCAUGUCAUGUCAUGAAUGAGAUGAGAUUUGACUCAACCAUCCCGGAGAGGGUUAGAACUGAAACGGAAUCCUUCUCUAAUAUAUCUGAAGGUUCAGCUCCUGUAGGUGGUUCUACUAUUUCUGCAUCUUCAAAUACUUUGUAUUGUGGAAAGUUGUUCAAGGACAAAAAGGAAAUGGGAAGGCAGAUGCAGUUAUUUGCAAUGGAGAAUAACUUCGAGUUCCGGACUAAGAAAUCAGACUCAACACGGUAUACUCUUCGUUGCAUUGAUGAAAAAUGUAGUUGGAGGUUACGUGCAACUAGGGUUAAGGCAUCAGAUAGUUUUAUUAUUAAAAAGUAUGUUAGUGAGCACUGUUGUGAUUCUUCGCUAAGGAAGGUUAAUCAUCGCCAAGCAACUGCUAGGACAUUAGGAGAAAUGGUAAGUAAUCAUUUUCGUGGAGAGAAGCUUGCGCUUAAACCUAAACAACUGAUAGAAAAAUUCAGACACGACAAUGGGAUUGGAGUUUCUUAUUCAAAAGCGCGGAGAGCUAAAGAUCAUGCAAUCGAUGUUGCUAGGGGUACACCUGAAGAUGGUUAUGAGUUCUUGCCAAUGUGGAUGUACAUGGUAAAUGAGAAGAAUCCUGGUUCUGCAACCUUCAUUGAGGUCGAUCCUGACAAUAAAUUUAAGUACGCAUUUCUUGCUUUUGUUAUGAAAGAUGCAGCUUAUGCUUACACAAGGUUUGAUUUUGAACAAUUGUUCCAUGAACUGUCUCUUGCUGACAACAAGAUGGCACAGUAUCUGUGGGAUUUGGAUGUCAAAAAAUGGUCACGUGCUUGUGCACCUGCCAAUCGAUACAACAUUAUGACAUCAAACUUAGCUGAGUCUUUGAAUUCUCUGUUGAAAGAAAGCCGUGAGUAUCCAAUUGUCUGUUUGUUUGAUACAAUUAGGUCUACUCUUACCAGAUGGUUCAAUGAACGACAUGAGAAGGGUACUCGUAAUAGGCAUUCAGUUACUGUGAAUGUGAUGAAGCAAGUAAAGACACUGUAUGAUUCUACUGCACGCUGGCUUGAAGUGUCACAAGUGAAUCAACACGUGUUUGAAGUGAAAGGAGGUACGUUGGUUCAUGUUGUGAAUUUGGAAACAAGAGACUGCACGUGCUGUGUGUUCAAUAUCACGAAAAUCCCGUGUGCUCAUGCAAUAGCGGCUGCAAAACAUAUUAAUCUUAACGAAUAUGAUUAUGUUGAUACCUUAUACUCCAACAAAAGGUAUGUCAUAUUCUAACUUUACAGGUAUGUUACUAUAUAAAACAAGUUAUAAAACUGUAUUUUUAAA